AUGGAUGUCCCCGGCUUCGCUUUGAUUACAGGAGGUGCCUCAGGAAUCGGCCGCGCCUGUGCCAAAGCCUUUGCCAGAGAAGGCUCCGCCGGCAUCGCCCUUAUAGAUCUCAGUCUCGAAGCUCUUCAAGUCGUCAAGACAGAGAUAGAACAACAAAACCUUUCACCUAACAAAGAUUUCCGAAUUGAGCUCUACCCUGCAGAUGUCACAGACGAAAACCGCAUCAAUGAAAUCGUCGACGACAUGGUCCGAAACUUUGGCCGUAUUGACUACGUUGUAAGCGCGGCUGGUGUUGCGAUAAAGCACAAAGGCGGAGCAGCAUUCGCUGAAACUGACGACUGGAACCGUGUUCUCAACAUCAACCUGAAUGGCACAUUUUUCGUGCUGAGAGCUGCUGCCAAGGUCAUGUUGAAGCAAGAGCGCAUAAAAUCCUCCAUUAACGGAAGGGAUCUUCAGCGCGGAUCUAUCAUCAACUUCUCCUCCAUUCAAGGGCUUGUCGGUAUCCCGCUAUCUACAUCUUACACCGCAGCAAAGCAUGCCAUCAUUGGGCUUACACGCUCGGCUUCGGAGGAUUAUGCAAAGGGUGGACUACGCAUCAAUGCUAUUUGUCCAGGGUAUACGGAAACACCUAUGACGACGAAAAAUCCUGACGUUCUGAAGGCGAUGCAGGAGAGAAUUUCUACGGCGGUUCCUAUGGAGAGAAUGGGCCAGCCUGAGGAAAUUGCGGACGGUGUUUUGUAUUUGGCUGGCGGACGGAGCUCUUUUGUUACUGGAUCUGCUUUGUCUGUCGAUGGCGGAUAUACUCAGAGGUGA